CAGAAUAGAAAGGAGAGGGAGAGAGAGGUAGAAACAUCAAUGAGCAGACAGAAUCAUUGAUCAGCUGCCUCUUCCACACACCUCACUGGGGAUCAAUUCUGAAACCUGGAGUGUGCCCUGACCAGGAAUGGAACCCCGCCCGCCUGGCUCAGAGGUCAACACUCUACCUCUGAGCCUCAUUGGCCCAGCUAUAUUUCUCUCCUUUUUCCCAGAGCCUUCUCUGCCUUCAUUUUAUGCAGCCUCCACAAGGUCAGGAAGCAUUCCCACCUUUAAUUAAUGACUCUCAACUACUCAAAACAUCCCUUUUAUGACAGAUCCACCUGGGAAGGCAUCCAUAUCUAAUCCCUUUUGGGAUGGGAUCAGAGCCUCUUGUGUCUUGAAGAAGGGAAAGGGACCAUUGACUUUCAGGGAUGUGGCCAUAGAUUUCUCUCAGGAAGAGUGGGAUUUCCUGGACCCAGCUCAGCGGAAAUUGUACCUGGAUGUGAUGUUGGAGAACUACAGCAACCUGGUGUCCGUGGGAAGAUAUAUGCAAACCUGUAUUUUAAAGAGUGAUGGUAAAGUUCCUUGACUAUGCUUUCUUCCAGUGUUUUCAUGGUUUCAGGUGUCAUAUUUUUGUUGUUAAUACAUGCUGAGUUCAAUUUGGUUCCCGGCCUGUGAACGGGGUCUAGUUUUAGUAUUUUUGCAUGUAUCUGUUUCGUUUUUGUUUAACUACUUGAACAACUGAAUAAUCGGUUUU